AUGGAGAGCUCUAGCGCCCACCAGCACAAGAGGAACAAGUCCUCGGUCAGGUCGCUCCUGCACCGCGUCUCGUCCAAGCAGGAUGCUGCCGUGAAUUCCGACACCGACGACCAAGCCUCAAACCCCGCCUCCUCGCAGACCUCUAUUACCUCGCCGCCCGCCGCCUCUGUGCACGCCUCGCGAUCGAGCAUCCAGGGCCCCCGCCAUCGCCCGCACCUGUCCACUACCAUGUCCAAUUCCAACGCGACCUCCUCCGAGGUCUUGGCCCCUCCAUACGCUGCGCAGUCGCCCUCUUCCCCAACUGCCAAGGGCGCCUCCAUUGAGCAGUCCGUUCGCCUGUUCCGCAUCUUCGAGGCCCUGCGCAAUGGCGACACUGCUGCAAUUUCCAAAGCGAUAAGGGAGGAGGCUUCUACGCAGGGCGGCGCAAGACAGAGCACCUCGUCGGUAUCGUCCUUGUCCACGGCACGGUUGGAGGGCACUACAAUACUACACCUCGCAAUCCAAUGCGCCGAGCUGCCUGUCAUUGAAUUUGUCCUUUCCAAUGUCGGCGCGGGCAUCGAUUUGAACGGCAGGGACAGGGAUGGCAACACACCUCUCCACCUAGCUGCUCAACUUGGUCGCGCGCCAGUUGUGAAGAUGUUGCUUGACCAGAGUGGUAUCAAUGACUCUCUGACAAACUAUCACGGCCAAACUCCGCUCGACCUGGCGCGCACGCCUGAUAUUUUCCAGCAACUGCAGUUGACGCGGUCGAUUUUCAUUGACACCAAUGUCAAGAAGAUCCAGGAGCUGGCGUUGCAGGGAGACUACAAGUCUUUGGAGGCUGUGCUGACAGACCCGCGCGUGCAAACUACCUUGGAUGUCAACGGUCCAGAGCUUGCGACGGACCCUUCGACCAUCGAGACGGGAGGCACCUUGCUUCAUGAGGCAGCCAGGAAGAAGGACACUCAGCUGUGCCAACUCCUCCUCCUGAACGGCGCAGACCCCUUCCGACGAGAUCGGAAAGGUAAACUUCCUCAUGAGGUAACCAAAGACGACAAGACCAAGGCAAUCUUGAAGAAGUCCCCUGCCGCUGCUGCUGCCCAGCGUGGCAUCCAGGAGAGGACAAUCUUGGGUGCCGCUGCCCAGGCGGCUGGACCCGCUUCGGCAGAGGUUGCACUGGGCUCCAAGGAAAGUCGCGAGAUGAAAGGCUAUUUAAAGAAGUGGACGAAUUACACCGGUGGUUACAAGUUGAGGUGGUUUGUUCUCGAAGACGGGGUUCUGAGCUACUACAAGCACCAAGACGACAUUGGAUCUGCGUGCCGUGGGGCAAUCAAUAUGAGGAUCGCCAAACUCCACAUGGAUCCACAGGACAAGCUCCGCUUCGAAAUCCACGGGAAAUCGUCUGUAAAAUAUCACUUGAAGGCGAACCAUCAGGUGGAAGCCAAGCGAUGGUUUUGGGCGCUGAACAAUGCUAUCCAAUGGAGCAAGGACGAAGCGCGCGAGGAGGAAAAGCGACAAACUCGCGAAACCGAAGCGCUUCGUCAAGCAAAGACCGAACAGGCCACCAAAGAGAGUGAUGCGAUGAGCGUUGUAAGCUCGAAACCGAAUGGUAGAAACUCGGUGCUCAGCCCGACCGGCAGCGGAGCAUUGGGUGUUCCACAAACCGGCUCGCGCACUGGGCCGAGUACCACCGAGGACGACGAUCUUGGCAACAGCGCCUAUGAUGCCAGCUUGGGCGGAGAAGAUGCUAGCCGAUAUGAGAGCCGGAGCCGUACUGGUAAGUCGAUUGGGGGCGACCUGGAUGAUGAUGAUGACUAUGGCGACGACGUCAGCAGCGACCAAGCAAAACCUGUGAGCAAGGACGCCUUCAACAUCACUGCUCAGUCGGUCAAACUGCAGCUGGACCUCCUUGCCCAAGUGUCUGCAGCACUGCAGGCGGAAAAGGCCAAAAAUCCUUCAAUGGCAAUUUCAGAUCCCGCUGCCGCCCAGGCAUUCGCAUCAUACGAGGCAGCCGUUAGCAGUCUUAAGGGCCUUGUUGGUGAUCUGUUCCGCAUCGCGCGGGAUAGAGAUGCAUACUGGCAAUAUAGGCUUGACAGAGAGGCCAAUGUCCGUCGCAUGUGGGAGGAGAGCAUGGCAAAGGUAGCAAGGGAGCAGGAAGAACUCGAGAACAGGAUUGGCGAGUCUGAAGACAAGCGGAAGCGAACGAAGAAGGCGCUCCGUGAUGCGCUGCAAGGGCUCCAAACUGGGGAGCCUUCCAAGGUCAAGAGCGCUAUUGCUGACACGGAAGCAAUCGCUGAAGUCGAAGAGCCUGCCGAGGAGAAGGCUACGCGCAGCCGCAACAACAGUGUCACAAGGCCGAACCUGGCUGAGCUCGCUCAACUUUCGGACUCGGAGUCGGAUGACGAGGAGUUCUUCGACGCUAUUCAGGAAGGAGAGGUCGAGAUUGUGGAGACGCUACCUGUUACGUCGCCGCCAGCCUACGAAGGAGAUGAGAAGCCGCCUACUAUGGAUCUUCGAGAAGCUAAAUCGGCCGAGAUCAUACCAUCUUUCAAGGGUUAUGAAGACCCGGUGCGCACGCGUCUUAAGUUGGACGAGGACAACCGGCCUAAGAUUUCGCUAUGGGGUAUCUUGAAAUCCAUGAUCGGCAAGGAUAUGACGAAGAUGACCUUGCCCGUGUCGUUCAAUGAGCCGACUUCUCUGCUGCAGCGUGUGGCUGAAGAUAUGGAGUAUGUUGAUCUGCUCGAUAUCGCCGCUGAGCGGAUGGACUCUUGCGAGCGCAUGGUCUACGUUGCCGCAUUUGCGGCGAGUGAGUAUGCCUCCACCAUCGGACGUGUCGCCAAGCCGUUUAAUCCGCUGCUGGGAGAGACUUUCGAGUACUGCCGCCCGGACAAGGGGUUCCGUUUCUUUGUUGAGCAAGUCAGCCAUCACCCACCGAUUGGUGCCGCGUGGGCUGAAUCGGCGAAGUGGGAUUACUAUGGAGAAUCGGCUGUCAGGUCCAAGUUUUACGGCAAGUCCUUCGAUAUCAACCCUCUCGGCACCUGGUUCCUGCGCCUGCGUCCCGCUUCCGGUGGCGAAGAGCUGUACACAUGGAAGAAGGUUACAUCUUCGGUCAUUGGAAUCAUUACCGGCAACCCCACUGUCGACAAUUACGGUCUGAUGGAGAUCAAGAACCACACGACCGGUGAAGUUUGUCUCCUUGACUUCAAGCCUCGCGGCUGGAAGGCAUCGUCCGCCUAUCAGGUUGCCGGAAAGGUCGUCGGCAGUGAUGGCCAGACUCGUUGGAGCAUUGGUGGCCGCUGGAACGACAAGAUUUACGCUCGCCUCACACCCGGCUAUGAAGACGGUGACAACGUCGGUCAGAAAGACAAGCAAGCGACUCUUAUUUGGCAGUGCCACGAACGGCCGACGGGCAUUCCUUUCAACCUCACUCCUUUCGUCCUUACUCUCAAUGACCUUCCGGAUCGCCUUAAGCCGAUCCUUGCACCUACUGAUACCCGUUUGAGGCCCGAUCAGCGCGCUAUGGAGGACGGAGAAUAUGAUUUCGCUGCUACGGAGAAGAACCGCGUGGAAGAGAAGCAGCGUGCGAAGCGUAGGGAACGCGAGGCGGCAGGCGAGGAAUUCGAGCCGCAUUGGUUCUCCAAGGCCAGAGAUGAGGUGACUGGCGAGGAGUACUGGAAGUUCAAUGGUGAAUACUGGAAGAUGAGAGAAAAGGUUGCCAAUGGCGAGGGCAGCUGGGAAGGCUGUGAAGACAUUUUCUAA